GUAUCCGCGGUACGCUGCCCAUCCCACCGUCUCCUUCGCGGGGAGGGCGAAGAGCGACGAGAGGAAACGUAUACUUUGACUCACUCUCUCUCGCGUCCCCCUUCUCUCUCUCUCUCUCUCUCUCUCUCUCUCUCUCCUCGAGCUACGUUCACCUAUACAAUCGAUGCUAUUUUCCGCAGUAGCAAUUACUCCUCGCUGUUACUCUCUAUCUCUCUCUCUCUCUCCCCCCCUUUCGAGAGAGCGCCAUUUCUAGAGAAGUGAGCUCGAGAGCGAUUUCUAGGGCUUUUCUAGGGUUUUUCGAGAAGGUCUUGAGGUUUAAGAUCGCGUUUGCUCGUUAAUUUCUGCACCGGAGGGGUUAGGGUUUCUGCCAUUUUGCCCUAGAAGGUAAGCUUCGGAAGCUGGACCUUUCCCUUCCUCUUUUUUCUGUGGAGUAUAGUUUUGGCGUUUUCUCGCAUUUAAAGAGAGGGACGCGUAGGAAGAAGAGAGAGAUAAAAAGAAAGAGAAAAAAAAGCUAGGGUUUUUUGGGCAGAAACAACUAAUGGGGUCGCAGCUUUUUUAUAUGGGGUCUCAGGCUUUCUCUGUCGUGGUGUGGUGAUGCAAUGCGAUCAAUUGGAGUAGAAAUUUGUGUUGCUUUGGGUCGCUGAAGCAUCAAUUAAUGGGCUUUUCGCUAGGGUUUCCUCUGGGAGGCAAAAAGAUUGGAUCUUUAGUUGCUAUCGACCCUCUUUUGACCUGAAGUUUGGGUCUUUUGGGGGUUUAGAGCGCGGGUUCCUUAGGGUUAGGGCUUUACGAGCUGAGGCGCGGCGGAAGCUCCCCGAUCCAUGCAUGGAUGGGAGGGAGGCCAUGUCGAUGUCGGGGCCCUCGUACUACAUGCAGAGAGGGAUGGGCGCCGCUGGACCCGGCGCACAGCCCGGCCUCCGUGGACCGUCGCCGGUGAUCCGGUCCAUGCCGAACCCGGGCGCGAGCUUGGCCAUGCAAUCCUCCGUUAGCUUCGGCCACGGGUUCCACGUAGAGUCGCCGCCACCGCCGCCGCCGCCUCCUCCUCCUCCUACGGCGCACGAGGUGGGUGCCGGCGCGGCGGCGGGAGAACCUGUGAAGAGGAAGAGGGGGCGGCCGCGGAAGUAUGGACCGGACGGGUCCGUGUCGCUUGGUCUGUCGCCAAUGUCGGCUUCGGCCCCCCAAGGAGUGUUGAUGGGUUCUGGUUCGGUAUCUGCCUCGGCCGGUCCUUCGCAGAGACGGGGAAGGGGACGGCCCCCGGGCACCGGGAGGAAGCAGCAACUGGCACUUCUUGGGGAAUGGGUUGCUGGAUCAGCUGGCAUGGGGUUCACUCCACAUGUCAUAAGAAUUGAACCUGGAGAGGAUAUUGCUUCAAAGAUAAUGUCAUUUUCACAGCAGGGUCCAAGGGCUGUGUGUAUCCUCUCAGCAAAUGGUGUUGUAUCUGCAGUGACCCUCCGUCAGCCAGCAUCUACUACUGGAACUGUUACUUUCGAGGGCCGUUUUGAAAUUCUUUGCUUAUCAGGCUCUUAUCUACCAUCUAAUACUGGCGGAACACGUGGCCGUACUGGGGGCCUAAGUGUAUCUCUCUCUGGCGCUGACGGUCGUGUACUCGGCGGUGGUGUUGGUGGACGGCUAACAGCUGCAACCCCUGUACAGGUGAUUGUCGGAAGCUUCAUGUACGGCGGAACGAAAGCGAAGAACAAAGCAAGCAGCAGUCAGGAUCCAGGUGCUGAACCCGACUCACCUAUUGGUGCUACUUCUAGCACACCCACUAUUACACCGCCCAAUCAAAAUCUGACGCCUGUGAUGGGAGGAUGGUCUUCUUCGAGGCAUUUGGAAAUCAGGCCAGGCCAUAUUGACAUUGACUUGACUCGCGGGUAAGAGGAAGUUGUGUACUUAACUGUGCUGUGUGUAUAACAGGCGGGCUUUGUAUUGAUGGGGGAAAUCGGAAAGUAUAAUCUUUCCGAUGGCUCUUGAACUUUGCAUCGUUUACUUUGAAAGUUGUGCUAACUUCUUCUUUUUUUUUUUAUCUUUGUUGCACCUAAUUGAAAACUGGUUCUCACAUCUAGCUAGGUACUUAUUCUACUGUCGCUUUUCAGUGUGUACAACUCUUAUUGAAUUGCUAUAUUCUGCUGUUACUGUUAUGAGCUGAAGUAGGCAAGAAACAGGAAAUUGGCCUUUUUCUGUGACUAGAGACCUGAAAUUGAAGUUGAGAUGUACAUUUUGUUUGUCAA